AGCACGAAGCUAGCUUGCCAAGCUAACCGGUUGUAGAUGUAAACAUAUAUAAACCUUUCGAUUGAAUGGGAAAAAGAAUUAACCGUGUCGUUAACAGGCUGCUGUCGGUUUGUGAUUUGACACGGUGUCAAAUGUGAAUAGAUUCCAACAUGUCCAUCCAGUUUGUGUAUAGCCAUCAGCACUUCGUUACUGAUGUGUAUCGGAUCAGUGGAAACAAUUCCGCUAAAAACUCUGCAUCAACAAAGUUUGACACCGCCAUCCAAGGCGGCUGGGCAGACAGGAUGGCGCGGGACAUAUUUCGCUACCAUCUGGGGGAUUUAAAAACGCGGGUUCUGCUGGGUUCCCAUGGCUACGUGGCUCAGCUGAAUAUCCAACGAGGAAUAGAGAGGAGAAAGCCACAGGAGAUCCUGAGCAUUAAACAGGAGUUCAGUGCCAAGCAGUUUAACUUUAACAAAAUUAAACACGAUGAAAUCAUAUUUGAGAUGAUGAAGGACAAAAAAAGAGGCACACCUUUGACUAGCAAUGCAGAGUGUCCUCAACCCCAGAAGAUGGUUGUGUUGGUCAAUGUUAGCCCUCUAGAGUUUGGACAUUGUCUCUUUGUCCCAGAUCCUGCUCACUGUCUCCCACAGAUCCUGACAAAGUUUGCAAUCCAUGUUGGCAUUGAAGCUGUACUUCUGAGCUCUGAUCCCGGUUUCCGUGUGGGGUUCAACAGUCUGGGAGCAUUUGCAUCUGUCAACCAUUUACACCUCCAUGGAUAUUACCUAGACCAUCCCCUCAAGAUAGAGUCUAAGCCAGUUAAACCUUUAUGUCCUGAAAAGGGAUUUUAUCGAAUUUUGGACUUCCCGGCAGGCUUUUUGUUUUAUGCAGAAUCAGAGGAGGUGGAGAAAGUGGCCCAAACUAUCUGUGAAGUCACAGAUUUUCUUGUGAAUGAUAAUAUUGCUCACAACCUCUUCUUGACUAGAGGAAGCCCGCCAUGUGUUCAAACGCAAGGUGAAAAGGAUCUCUGUUCAAGAAAAGGUGUUCGCAUUGCUGUGUGGCCCAGAAUAUCCUGCUUCGGUGCCAAAGAGGAGUCUGCCUUUAAUGUUGCUCUAUGUGAACUGGCUGGACAUUUACCCUUUAAGAGCAAAAAGGACUUUGAGCGCAUGACAGAGAAAGAUGUCGUUGAUGUAAUCCAGAGCUAUCUUUUGCCUGAAGAUGAGUUUCACCAGCUGGAACAGCAGCUUAUUCAACAUUUAUUGUGUUCAUAAUGUGUGGUCAUUUUCAUCUACUUACAGCUGGGCUGGAAGGGUCUUAGACUUUUGAUGGCAUAAAUGGAUGAAUCUGGCUACUGGAUUUUGAAUUUAAUUGUAAAAACUGCACUAUCGUACUGAAUGUGUGUCAGAAUCUUCCCUGUACAAUGAAAGAGAUUACACAUGUUGAGAUUUAUAUGAUAUUUACAAGAUAAAAUGUGCUUUAAUUGGUUAAUGAAUGUGUUUUAGC